AUGUUGCCUCAAAACAAGGACCAAGUGCUGCUACAGAAAACAGCGCCCCCUGGGCUUCCCCCUCAGGGCCCCUCUCAACUUGCGGACUCCCCUCCUCACAACCUCCAGCCUCUGAAUCCUCAAAAAUCACUCCCUCCCUCCCUCCCACCUUGCUCCCCUUCUCCGCAGUCCCACUCUCCUGGCUCCCUUUUCUUCUCUUCUGACUCAGAUUCAGACUUUGUCCUACAUCCCUACGCUUCCUCUUUCCCAAGAUCCCCCACUUUCUUUCAUCAGAAUUACCCGUCUCUCUCCCUUCUACGUUCCUCCUCUUCCUCCCACCAGCUAUACCCCUCUCCUCCCCCUACUCGCUCCUCCAACCCCUCUCAGCCACAGAACUCCUCUCUCCCACACUGCCAGUCGCCUUCUCACCCCGAACACCUCGCUAGCUCCCCUCUCACUUCCCCGAGGCCCAGCCUACCUUCUCCAAGGAUUCACUCUAAUAGACAGACGUGGCACUGGCAUCAGUAUCAAGACACCAGGUCCCCUGGGGUGGGGGAAUGCGUGGCAAGCGAGAGGGACCCUGCAGAGUUCAGGCAUCCAGGAGCCCUGGCCCAGGCCCUGGUGGUUCACUUGGGGCACCGCCGCAUCGCACACGACCUUCGGUUACUGCUUUUGCAGCGCCUGUGGCUAGGCAGAACCGGCCAGGCUCCAGUCGUGGAGUAUCCUAUAUGCCUGGUGUGUCUCCGGCCCCGCGGUCCCUCUUGCCCCAUGCCCAAAUACAGGACUGGACCCCGGCUGCUUGCCUUCCCCCAACUACUGCCCUGUGCACAGGGCCAGGAAUCCAGACCACUUCGAAUAGGCAUCGGCUUUGGCCUCCGCCUGCCUCGUGGCCAGGCCAGGGCUUUGCACCUGUUGCCAGAAAGAAGACCAGAGGAAGUAAGAUCUCAGGGCAAGGCCCCUCAGGCCCAUGGGAAUCCAGCCCAGGCUCCUCAGGUCCCAGCAGCUCCAGCCCCAGGGGCUCAGGCCCAGGCAGAUUCAGCCCCUGGCAUACCCUUCCAGGCCGGGAGCCUCAGGUCUGCGGGCCCUCAAGCGCCAAACUCUAUUCAAUGUCCAGAGCUUCCACCUCAGGCACCAAAACAGGCCACUGUCUCCUUGAAGCCCAAGCUUUCCUCUGCUCCAAAGAUGCCUGCCUUUCCAAAGCCUGUUCUCCAAAAGUCACCACCCCAGUUCCAGAGCCACGGAGGCUCCCUGGAGUACCUCCUCCAAACCCCACUGUCCCCACCAGACCCCAGAUCUCAAGAUGUCCUUGGAACACCCUGA